GUGCUGUCGGUAGCCAUAUUGGCUAGUCCCUAUCGUAGAUUCUCUGGAUGAAUAUUUCGAUCGUUGAAAAACAUUGCAUUGUUGAAAUCUUGCUAAUUGUGAACAAUAAUUGCGAAAUGAUUCGGGUACAUUAGGAAUUGUAUAUUGAAAAAGACUCACAGAUCAAAAAUGGCACCACGCGCAAGCUCUUUCCUCUCCAAACGGGAGGCACCACCCGCUACUGCACUACCCGCCACCGUUACAGACGCCGUCACAGAGACAACUGUACCGAAACUAGCACCAGUACCGCUCAACAUUUCCACUACACUGUCGCCAUCUGGCGCCCCUCCUGCAGAAGGUCCCCAUAUCUUUAAUAAUAGAUCAUAUCACCCAUCUCAUGGUCGUACGACCCCAUUCGUGGUAGUACCAGAAAUCAAACCUACUAAUGCAACUGUUCAAGAGAACAUUGUCCAGGAAACUCUGGACAAGCUUCAGAAAGAAACUAACAUGGAUCAAUGGGUUCUGGUUACCAUCUUGAUUGCUGUCUGUGCAGUUAUUUUGGGAAUAUGUUUCUGCUGCAUAAGAAGAUGCUUCAGGAAGAGAAGAUCAAAGGACAAAAAGGGAAUGAAGGGUGCAGAUUUGAAAUCGAUAAAUCUGCUAGGGUCAUCAUACAAAGAACAAGUACAGCCCGACAUGGACGAAUUGACUGCGAAUGCUGAAGAACCCGACGAAGCUGAGAAACCUGAAGUGCAAAAACUUGGAAAGCUGCAAUUCAAGCUCGAAUAUGAUUUCAACCAAAACAGUCUCUCCGUGACUGUUAUCCAAGCUGAAGAACUACCCGCUCUGGAUAUGGGUGGUACUUCUGAUCCGUACGUGAAAGUUUACUUAUUACCCGACAAAAAGAAAAAGUUUGAAACUAAAGUUCAUCGGAAAACCCUAAAUCCGGUAUUCAACGAAACGUUCGUCUUCAAGAGUAUUCCUUAUGCUGAUGCCAUGAACAAGACCCUAGUGUUCGCCAUUUUCGAUUUCGAUCGAUUCUCCAAGCACGACCAAAUCGGUGAAGUUAAGGUGCCACUAUGCCAGAUCGAUUUGGCGCAGACUAUUGAGGAAUGGCGCGAAUUGCAGAGUGUAGAAGGAGAAGGCGGCCAGGACAAUAAGUUGGGAGACAUUUGCUUCUCUUUGAGAUACGUUCCCACUGCUGGGAAAUUGACCGUUGUCAUCUUGGAAGCCAAGAAUUUGAAGAAAAUGGAUGUUGGUGGUCUUUCUGAUCCUUACGUUAAGAUCGCCCUGAUGCAAAACGGGAAACGCCUCAAAAAGAAGAAGACUAGCAUCAAAAAGUGCACACUCAAUCCUUAUUACAAUGAAUCUUUUACUUUUGAAGUACCUUUUGAACAGAUACAGAAAGUUAACUUGGUGGUAACAGUGGUAGACUAUGACAGGAUCGGUACAUCUGAACCAAUUGGCAAGGUAGUACUGGGUUACAAUGCGAGUGGAACCGAAUUACGUCAUUGGUCUGAUAUGUUGGCCUCGCCACGUCGACCUAUCGCCCAAUGGCACACCCUGAAGGACCCUGAAGACGAGAAGAAGGAUUAAAGAGCCUGCAAUGACGAUGAAAACAUACUAUAAUAACCUUUGCAUGUAUUUAUUAUGAGAUUUAAUGGAUGCCUCUCCAAAAAUGAAGAAAAUUCACCCCUAUUCCCAAAAUGAAAAAAUUGUUUGUUGCUGCAUAUAUGUAUAACUAUGUUUAUAAAAUGUAGUUCUAGAGCUGUUUGUACCUACUUUACCAUUUUUCACAAAUUAGUUCAUUUACUAUAAUGUUGUUGAUGCAUUUAUUAUUUUUAAUGUGCUUUUACAGCCUAAAGUAGACUUAAACUAAUCUAGAGAAUUCACUUUUUAUUAUUUAAAUAAAGAUCUACUGAACAUCAUAAAUAUUAAGGGACGAAUAAUAGAGGAACAUUAUGGUAGAUCUAAUAGAGAGUUUGACAAGACAAUAGAAAAUUUAUAGAUUAGUCGUAUCUUUUAAAUAAACUAUUGUAUAAAAUAUGAAUUUGCACAAAAAAAUAAUACAUGGAAGGUGAAUGAAAUAUAAAUCUAAAAAAUAUUUUACGACAAACUGAACUUUCUUUAGUUUAUUCAUGCGUGUGGUUCAAAAAAUAAAAAACUAUCACAAAACAGUCAUAUCAUUGUAAAAUCAUUCAAGUAUUCCAAAGUUUAUCUACAUAGCUUAUACAUAUUUUAUUGUUGUAAGAUACUGGGUUCUUUGCACUAGGCUGUAUAUAUUUAGUUUUUUUACACAGAUGGGAAAAAAUAGUUUCAAAUUUCUGUGUAAUAAUAAUUAUAUACUCAUAGAUAUUUACAAUACCUAAUUUAUUCAAAAGGUUUUGGCUGGUAACAGUAACAAUACAUUUUCCGAACCACAAGAAUCAUUCGUAGUCUUUGUCGCUCUACAAAGUUUAAGUCGUAAAUGAAAAAUUAACGUAUAUAGAAAAUUAUACGUUAAAUUUUUAAUGUAUAUAUUUAUGUUUUCAAAAAGUUUAUCUGAUACUCCUCUAUCUGUAAAUAAUUCUAAGAUGCCUACUCAAAAAAAUACUAUAUUAACUAGAUGUAGACUCCACCAUAUUAGAUUCGUGUAUGUAUUAUAUUUAAAAAAAAAAAAAGAAAUAAAAAGUACAUAGAUGUAAACUAUAAUAUAUAAUAAUAAAAUUAUUUUUUGUUUGAGAGAUUUUUGAGAAGAGCUUUAAAAUUGCGUCCAGGAAAAACAACCCCAAAACUGUAUAAUCCUGGGAAAAGAAACAAAUUUUCAAAAAUCCUUCCAAAUAUUUGUUUAAAUUGAAAUUGUUUUUGACUAUUUCAAAUACUUGUUACAGUACUAUCAUAGAUAAGCUACUAUUAAAAUCAAUAGAACUUACUAUUCUUGCAUCUUAAGAAACAAUUUAAAAAUAAAUUGAAUAAUUUAAAUUAAAUUGAAUUAUUGAGAUCUAUUAAAUAAGCUAAAUCAAACAGAUUGGUAAACAGUAGAUUUUCACAUAAGUACACAAAAUGUUAUUAAGUCACCCUAUUGAAAGUAAAAAGUAAGAUAGACGAGAACUGAGUAGAAAAAAUGCACUAGAACAAGCUUUAUGAAGAAAAUGGCAAUAUAUACCUAUAAUUUUAGAGUUAAUUUAGGAGAAAAUUAUCAUCACAAAAAAAGAGGAUGAACGUUUAGGUUUUUACAAAGAAAAACAACAUUUAAUUCAAAAUGAUACAAAUCCCGUUUUGCCUAGAAAAACAUUUUUACACUAAUUCACAUUUUAUAUGUAACUAUACCGGGUAUUUUUUUCUAUAGCCAGCAUCAAAAUAUCGUGAUAUAAUAAAUCUUGAAUCGUUAAUUUUAUUUAUGCUUCCAAGCUACUAUAAAACUGUGCCCCUAACUUUAAGUAGCAACAUGUUAUCUUAUUAUAAAUUAGUUCUAGUUUUUUUAGGAUAUCUGUUAAGUACCAGAAUAGUGAUAGGUCUUUUAUCACUGUUAUCUGUCACUAAAGGGUUUCAAAAUAAUUAUAAAUAAACAUUUUGAAGCUCUUUUCUAGAAUAAAAUAGCUACGUUUGUUGGUGAGUUUGAAUCCCUCAUGUUCCGCUAUCAGAAAUAAGUGACAUUUUUUGAAACACAAAACUUUGAACAAUUUUUCAAAUUUGUCUAUUGUUUAUCAAUAGCUAUCUAGUCUAAUUUGACCCUAUACUUUCAUGAAAGUUUUGUGUACAGUGGGUAUACUUAUAACAAGAAAAAAAAAUCGUAUGGAUAUUGAGAUUUAGAACAAAAGUUUCUGUUGUAUAAAUUAACAUUAGUUGUUUAAGUUAUUGAAUGUUAUUUUAAAAUGAACAAUAAAAAGAUAAUAUAUAAUUGUAAAAUUUAAAAUAAACUGUGGCAAUCUUUUCGCUCUUGUUAA